AAGAUUAAAAUAUGUAGAUAUUUAUUUUAGACUAUGUAUGUAACUGUCAAAAUGAAAGAAGAAUACAUUCUCUUUCUGAAAGAACACUGUAAACUCUGGGAUAGAGGUCACGACCCCUAAGCGAAGGGAGAACGAUUAAAGGAUAAACAAAAGCCAUUGGUCACUUUCUUAUAACUAUCGAUACAAAACGUCACUUCCUAGGGGGAGGGUCCGAACCUUUGUUCGAGGGCUGGGAUUCCCUUCACCGCUCUCUUCGGGAGUUGCGAGGUUUGGAUUUUGUUUUACUAUCGGACGGUGGUAUAGAAUAGACUCCGGGGAAUAGUGACGUCACCGUCCGUGUUCAAAAGCUGCGAGGUUUGGGGUCCAGGAGAACGAUUAUUGAGAUUCUAUCCAAUAAUGUGUGACGUCACAGUAACAAGAUCUAAACGGAUUUCUAGAAAGUUAGGUUAAGCAAAAAUAUUUGGCUUGAACAGUUAACAAAGAAGAUGCUGGCAGCCUCACUUUGUUUUGAUAGUUGUGAGCAUUUCGUUCGAUACUUUUCUUAAAUUUUGCUGUGUAAUAAUAACUAUAUUUACAUAUUAUAUUUGGCAAUGAAAUUUUUAAAUUAUUCGUGAUAUAAAAAUAACUAACAAUGCCCGGUAGUCUGUUCAUUAAAGAAGAAGAAGCUUCAAAUUCACCAACAAGCACUUCGUAUACAUCUGCUGUAUCAUUAUCAAGUCUGAAUCGUGAUGGAUCCCGUAGUGCUUUUUCUCCCUAUAAACCUACUACUGUUUUGACAAAUCUUCAACGAGGUAAUGUACAAACACAAACUUUGUCUGUUUUGCCUGAAAGGGGUAUUCACCAAUUAGCUGCACAAGGAGAGUUGUUUAUUCAAAAUACAGACGAUAAAUUUGAUGUGGAUCAAGCAGAUCAAAAUGGAUUUACUCCUUUAAUGUGGGCAGCCGGCUAUGGUCAGCUAGACACAGUGCGUAAGCUUAUAGCCAUGGGUGCUUCAAUUUUAUCUGUGGGCUCACAUGGUGAAAACUCCCUUAUACUUGCGAGUUCUUCAGGACAUGCUUUAAUUGUGAAAGAACUUAUUAAUCAUGGUUCUGAGCUAGAUUAUAAGGACAAUGAUGGGAAUACUGCACUCAUGUACGCUUGUUAUAAUAACCACGGAGGAUGUGUUCAAGAGUUGUUGAAUGCGGGAGCAGAUUUAACCUUGAUAAAUGAAUCUUUAGAAUCUGCUUUUGACAUUGCUAUUAAACGAAGAAGUAAACAUGCUCAAGCAAUUAUUGAAAAACACAUGUUGAAUUUACUUCAUUCAGAUUCUGAUAAUCAUGUGUAAUGAAUUUAACUUAUUAUUUAUGCGAAUAGUUCUGUAAGUUUAUUAAACUAAAGAUUUAGAUUGUAAGUCUUCAGAAUAUGUUUUUAACAUAACUGUAAAAGAAGUAAUAAAAUCUGCUCUAAUUAUUUAUA